CCAUCCAAACACUUCGCCACCCUCAUCGCCAGACUCCCCAGACGCCACAGCUCCCUCAUUUUCCAACUACGAACUGGACACGCACCAUUAAACAAGCAUCUAAACAGAAUCAGCAAAGCCCCCUCACCGAAAUGUCCCAGAUGCACGCGAAACGAAACCACACACCAUUUCCUCAUAGCCUGCCCAGCGUACGCACGACAUAGGAUCGUGCUUGUCGACGAGAUCGGAACACGCGCACAUGAGCUCAAGUAUCUUCUCAACCACCCAGACUGUAUUAAACCCACUCUCAAGUUCAUAGCCAAAACCCGACGUUUAGAAACCAUCUUUGGAGACGUGACCCCGCCCCCCGACGAAGAAGAC